AUGAUCUUCCAGAACACCUUCAGUGGAGCCAGUGGACUGCACAGGAAAGACAAUUGCAACAUCAUACUAUCAGCCUUCAUCUAUUCUAUCAUAGUAUUUGUCUCUCCCUCAACCGUCACUUUAUUGACAGCCCUUCAGAUGCAGCUAAAGAAUCAUCACGGGGGGAAUCAACAUGGAAUGCGGACUUCGCCGUUGAUUAUGGUUUAUGCAUUGGUCACCGCCAGCAUUGUUUUCACCAAGGUCUUUGGUAUAUGUCACCGUAUUUUUUUCCUGCACAAAAGAGAUAUCCUAAUAAAUUAUUAUAGCCUAGUCAAACACAUCGCCCACCCCGCAGCUUUCAUUCCUCCUCAAAGCUCUAGAGGAAUGUUCGAAUGUGUACAGGAUUGCAGCGGAAGUUCAUUCAAGUCUGAGGGCUGUUGUUGUUAA